UCAGCAGAGCUCAGAUAAGGUGGAAGCGAAGCCGUCGCCAAGAUGUUCCUCUACAACCUGACCUUGCAGCGUGCCACCGGCAUCAGCUUUGCCAUCCAUGGCAACUUCUCAGGAACCAAGCAGCAAGAAAUCGUCGUUUCCCGGGGCAAGAUCCUGGAGUUGUUGCGCCCGGAUCCCAACACGGGGAAGGUUCACACCUUGCUGACUGUGGAAGUGUUUGGAGUUAUCCGCUCCCUCAUGGCCUUCAGGCUCACAGGUGGGACCAAAGACUACAUCGUGGUGGGCAGUGAUUCGGGACGCAUCGUUAUUCUGGAGUACCAGCCUUCAAAAAAUGUGUUUGAGAAGAUUCAUCAGGAAACCUUUGGCAAGAGCGGAUGUCGCAGAAUCGUUCCGGGCCAGUACUUGGCCGUAGACCCGAAGGGCCGUGCUGUCAUGAUCAGCGCUAUCGAAAAGCAGAAGCUGGUGUAUAUCUUGAACAGGGAUGCUGCUGCUCGCCUCACCAUUUCUUCCCCGCUGGAAGCCCACAAGGCCAAUACCUUGGUCUACCACGUGGUGGGAGUCGACGUGGGAUUUGAAAACCCGAUGUUUGCUUGUCUGGAAAUGGAUUAUGAGGAAGCAGACAAUGAUCCAACGGGAGAAGCAGCAGCCAACACGCAACAGACGCUGACGUUUUAUGAGCUGGACUUGGGUUUGAACCACGUUGUUAGGAAAUACAGUGAGCCCUUGGAAGAGCAUGGCAACUUCCUCAUAACAGUUCCUGGGGGUUCUGAUGGACCUAGCGGGGUGCUGAUCUGUUCUGAAAACUACAUUACUUAUAAAAAUUUUGGUGACCAGCCUGAUAUCAGAUGCCCAAUUCCCAGGAGACGGAAUGACUUGGAUGACCCAGAGAGAGGUAUGAUUUUUGUCUGCUCUGCUACACAUAAGACCAAGUCCAUGUUCUUCUUCCUGGCCCAGACAGAGCAGGGAGAUAUCUUCAAAAUCACUCUGGAGACCGAUGAAGACAUGGUAACGGAGAUUCGACUGAAGUACUUUGACACUGUUCCCGUCGCUGCUGCCAUGUGCGUGCUGAAGACGGGCUUUCUCUUCGUGGCAUCUGAAUUUGGAAACCACUACCUGUACCAGAUAGCUCACCUGGGUGACGAUGAUGAGGAGCCAGAGUUUUCUUCCGCCAUGCCUCUUGAGGAAGGAGAUACAUUCUUUUUUCAGCCACGACCUCUCAAAAACCUGGUCCUGGUGGAUGAGUUGGACAGUUUGUCUCCUAUUCUGUGUUGCCAGAUAGCUGAUCUGGCCAAUGAAGACACACCCCAGUUGUAUGUGGCUUGUGGUCGGGGGCCCCGGUCAUCUCUGAGGGUUCUAAGACAUGGACUUGAGGUAUCUGAAAUGGCUGUCUCGGAGCUGCCUGGUAACCCCAACGCUGUAUGGACUGUGAGGAGACAUGUUGAAGAUGAAUUUGAUGCCUAUAUCAUCGUGUCCUUCGUAAACGCCACCCUGGUGCUGUCUAUCGGAGAGACUGUAGAAGAAGUGACUGAUUCCGGGUUCCUGGGUACUACGCCCACCUUGUCCUGCUCUCUUCUUGGUGAUGAUGCUUUGGUGCAGGUUUAUCCGGAUGGGAUCCGGCACAUCCGAGCAGAUAAGAGAGUAAACGAAUGGAAGACACCAGGGAAAAAAACCAUUGUAAAAUGUGCUGUGAACCAGCGACAAGUAGUGAUAGCCCUGACUGGAGGAGAGCUGGUUUACUUUGAGAUGGACCCGUCAGGACAGCUGAAUGAGUACACGGAGAGAAAGGAGAUGUCGGCCGAUGUAGUUUGCAUGAGCCUGGCCAAUGUUCCCCCUGGGGAGCAGCGCUCCCGGUUCCUUGCUGUUGGGCUGGUGGACAACACCGUCAGAAUUAUUUCCCUCGACCCUUCG